UAUCUUGUGUUUUUUUGUUUGCUUUUAGAAUGUUUCUAUAUUGCAUUAUAGCAUCUUCUCAUUUAUAUCAAAAGGAGGGCGGGCACAAGGCUGAUAAAACUGCUGCCUCAUCAAUCAUUUCAUUGUUUUGUUGGGUUUCAGGUUGUGUAUCCCUAAAAAUCCUACAGAUGCCAUCAGCUGUGCCCAGUCUUCCUGAUGUUUGGAGUUGCAUCAAGCCCAGACCCAAAUAAUGACUCCUUUAAUUGGGACCCUCUGGUCAGUGAGCCUUGCCUCAGUACAGCUGUGCCCCUAAGAAUAUUUCCUACCCAUCUCUCAUGUCCCUGUAAGAAGGCACAGAAGUGGUGCUGUUGGUGACAGUAUUUACUGCUGACACAUUGCCAUCCAAGCAGGGCAGCUCUGCCCACUGGAAUGAGAACCUGCAGUUGAAACUGACCCUGCGUGUGCCAGGCAUGGGGGUGAAGGCAGGGUGUGCCUCUUCACAGGAGCUUUGUUGGAUGUUUGUUUAAUUCCAUGCCAUAAUUUAAAACAAAGCCAUCAGCAACCGCUUCACCUCUCGUUCAUUUUACUUCCCAAGUUGUAUAAGAAAGUAGGCUGUUAUUUCUGCUGAUAAUUGCUUGACCUAAACAUUCCUCUUCCUUGCAAGAUGAGGCAGCUAUGAGCUUUCUGAAGACUCUUAGCUGUGCUUUCCAGUGGCAAUGUAUGUAUUUUUUUAAUCUUGGACUUUAUCUGUAGUGCCUGUGGAAAUACGGGAGGAUUUAAACAUUUCCUUAGAGAACCAGAAGUAUUUUGACUCCUCGUUAUUUUGUGUGCUGACAGGGCAACUCCAGAGUGCUGCUGUUGGAGGGCAGUGUUAGCUGGAGAUGCGAUGCUGUUACACAGCCUGUGUUCAGUCGUGUGGGUGUUCAGUGAUCCUUUUAAAUACUGAUGUUGUUUUCCAUCAUGUUGGAACUGGAUUCUGAUAUGCUUCAAGUACGAGUUGUCAGAACUCUGCUGUGCAGUUCUGAGUUCUCAUGAAAUCACUGGAGAGCUUUUAAUGCCAUGUGCCAUUGUGCUUCUGGGUUGAUCUUCAUUCCAGAAAUGCAGAACUGACAGCUGCCACGAGAAACUUCAGCUCUCAGGGCUUUCUCUGUGCCUUUCCUCCCCCAGCUCGCUCUCGUAUGUACACUUUAAUAUUAAGCUGUAAGAGCAAAGAAGUUAUCUUACAAUUUCAUGGUCUGUUUUAAACCAGAUUGAACAACAUCUGUCCCAGAUGUCUUUUGGUCUGUCUUCUUAUGCUCAGUCUGAGUUUAACAGUGUAUUUUUUGUAUGUUUGCUUGCAAUUUGGUGGGUUUGGGUUGUUUGCUUUCUCAUCUCCAAUGAAGUUCCCUGACUUUAUCACAUCAGUGCAGUGGAAGAUGCAGUCUUUGCAAACAUGCAGUCACUGCUGGUGGUUCUGAAGAAAAAUAUGAGGAUAAAUGGGAGGUGAGUGAGUGUGGAGUGAGAGGAACAGCAAAUGGGAGAGCAGUUGGUUUUGUUGCUGCUCGUGAGCUUCUUUUGGUUCUGCUGGGUCGUCUUUCAAGUUCAGGUAAUAUCAGUACAGAUGCUCUUUUGUUCUUGUUUGCUUCUGCCAUAGUGAUUCUUUAAUGAUUCCAAAUAUCCCUAGUCCUGCAGGGCAGAUAAUAAGAAAAUAGUAGAAUGUACUUUCUGACUAAAAACACAUCAUGUGCAGUAUGUAGAGAAAGGACAUUGGCCAUUUACAUCCUUUUGGUUGUUUUGUUUUCUAUUAAAGAUGUGAUUCAGUGUGGGCCUGAACUGAACUAAGCAAGGUGAGCUGUGUGUGACCAACUCACUGCAAGGUGGCAAGAUUGCAAUUUCCAUCUUGCUUGUUAGUUAAGUGAUGUUUGAAGCCCCUGUGUUACAAAGCUGCUAGAACUGAAUAUCCAGCAGCACUACCUCCUUUUCCCUGUUCAUGCUUAUUGAGAAAAGCAUAAUACCUCAAACUUAAAGCAAAUCAAACAGCUCACUUGGCAACUUCAUCGCUCUUCACAUGUUACCAGAAUAAACUUGGCUUCCCAUGCGUGGGCAGGAGUCUCCAUGAGGACGAGAUGAACGCUGUGGUCCUUUUCAAGCAAGGCCAUUCUGUGAUCCUAUGAUCUGACCUCCUCUUGGACCAGGAGGUUGAGUUGUGUGGUGCAGACUUUGCUGGUUUAGUAUUCCUGAGUGGGCAUGGUGCUGUUAGGGCUGGCUGUGCUCUGCAGGCAUUGCAGUUGUACUUUGUACUCACGUUUACCCCGAAGCUUGGAUGGGAUUCAACCUGUAGAAAUCUGAUGACUAGUCUUGCUUUCUUUUGUUGCCUGUGUUGGUUUGGUUUUUAUUGUUGUUGGAGCUUUAAGAGGCUUUGUGUAGGCUUGAAAUAAAGUAAUUAUGCUGCUUCCUCUGUUGGAAAGCUGCUGCUCUGCUAUAGGUCACAAAUAGAGGUACUUGGACAGGAGGAAUGCUUAGAAUGGGUGUCAGAUUGACAACCAGAACGCAGUGCGGGGCAGUUUUAUCAACCAUGUGUGACACUGACCAAAAUGCAGUUCAGUUCUGGGAAGUGAACGUGAAAUCCAGCAGUCCUUGCAGCUCAGGAGAAGGGCAGGGUGAAGGCAGGGUGCUUCAUAUGCUGGAGGGAUUUGUGUUGGGUCCUCAGGUCUGUGAUGGAGGCAUUGGUGGCCUCUGCUUCUGCAGUUGCCUAAUUCUGUCUGUCCUGGGCUGUUGUGGUUGCUGUGUUAAGGACACUCAGUACUGCACGACUCGCAGCUGGUGAGAGAGCAGGGAAGGUGCUGAUGAAGUAAGGAUGGAAUUGGUCCGUGCUCACGUGCUGCUCAGAAAUGCAGGUGGGGUAAAAUGCAGGCAGGGCCUUUGCUAAUGUUCCGUUUGGGAACAGCUUUAACCGUUGUUAGGGAUGUCAUACAUAUUAAUUAGAGCAUCAGAGUAACUGAUUGACAGGGCAGCCAAAAGGCAGCAGUGAGCUGCAGGUGUUAGAGAACACGUGGGAACAGGAGCAGCUCAAGGAGAAGGUAUGAGAGCAAGCGUGGUUAAAUUGAGCUGUGAGGAGCUGGAAUCUGAAAAAGAGCAGCUUGGAAACAGGAACAGGAAGGUGGUCGAUUACUCCCAGUUUCAGGAAUCAGAUGAUGCUGAUGAAGAUUAUGGGAGAGAUUCAGGUCCCCCAUCCAAGAAAAUCCGCUCAUCUCCCCGCGAGGCUAAAAAUAAGAGGAGAUCCGGGAAGAAUUCUCAGGAAGACAGUGAGGAUUCAGAGGAAAAAGAUGUGAAGACUAAGAAAGAUGAUUCGCACUCAGCAGAUGAAGAUUUUGGCAGUGAAGAUGAUGACUUAGGAGCAGAUGAUGGCAAAGCUGACAGUGACUAUGAGAGCUCUCAAAAAAGCAAAAAAGGAAAGAAGGCCAAACCAGAUAAGAAUAAGAGAGCCUCUAAAUCCAGGAAAAGGCCUGCAGAGGACAGUGAGGAUGAGAAAGAAGACCACAAAAACGUGCGUCAGCAGAGACAGGCAGCAUCCAAAGCAGCUUCCAAACAACGAGAGAUGCUUAUGGAUGAUGUGGGUAGUGAGGAGGAAGAACAAGAGGACGAUGAGGCACAGUUCCAAGAGAAUUCAGGAAGCGAUGAGGAUUUUCUCAUGGAAGAUGAUGAUGAUAGUGACUAUGGCAGUUCAAAAAAGAAAAAUAAAAAGGCCUCCAAGAAGUCCAAGCCCGAGAGGAAAGAAAAGAAGAUGCCAAAGCCCAGGCUAAAGGCUACAGUGACUCCCAGUCCAGUGAAAGGCAAAGGGAAGGCAGGCCGCCCCACAGCUUCCAAGACAACAAAAGAAAAGACCCCAUCCCCCAAAGAAGAGGAUGAAGAGCCUGAAAGUCCUCCAGAAAAGAAAAAAUCAGCCAGCCCUCCGCCAGAGAAGUCAGGGGAUGAGGGAUCUGAAGAGGAAGCACCCUCUGGUGAAGAUUAAAUGGCAGUUGAGGAUAUCUUUGUUUAAAAAAGAAAAAAAAAAAGAAAAAAAAAAAAAAAAGAGAGAGAAAAAAGGAAAAAGAAAACAUACUUAGGGGUAGAACACGGUUUUGGCUGUGGCUUGACUCAUGGGCUUUGAAUGCUGUCUUUACUUUCAGCUGUUUAAUACAGUGUAUCCUUUUUUUAAUAAGAGGAAACCCUCAUACAGUAAUAUUUUGAAGUCACUGUUCUGUGUUGGCCAUUCCGUUCUCCCUCCCCCUCCAAAUCCAAAAGCCAUUUGAGACAAAUUAACAGACCAUUUGAAUAUAUAUAUUUUUUUUCCAAGGGAUACUGCAGUUGUGAAGCAAUAAGGUUUGGGACUGAUAAAUGGAAACCACACUUACAAAUCACUGAGUAGAAUAGAUUUCCCAGUGCUGGUAAGAGUUGUUCAAAACUAUAAUUCUGUGUUUGAAUACACGGUUAAAAAAAACAAACCAUCAAACCAACCCUGCUUUAAUAGACUUAUCUCAAUAGAAGUUCCUUCUCUCAGAAAAAGAAAAAUAUAUAUAAACUGCAGAAACACGGGGAGGAAGCCUGUGUUUCUUGGAUUCAUGCAACUUUUUAAUGGAAAGCAAUCAAGAGACUUAUAGGGGGUCCACUGUCUUUUAUCUGGAAACAUCCUCCAGUUAGGAUGCAAGAUCUUUCAUCUUUCCUGGAUAGAAUACUCUUCUGCUUAGGCAGAUCUCGGUUCAUUCUAUGCUAUUUCAGACACACAACCUAGAAGCUGCUCACAUCCACUGAUUCUGUUUGACUUCUUCCAAGGUCGGCUAUAGAUGGGCAGAAUAGGGAAGAGAGAUUUGAAGAGUUCUAAAGCUCUGCUUUCCAGUUGACGUUGUGGACACUUUCUUUAAAGUUCCAGGGGAAAAAUGGUGGACAUUCUAGAAGUAGAUUUUUUUUUGUGUGUCUUUUGGGGUGAGGGAUGUCCUUUUAUAAAUGUGAAGCAAAGGAUUCCUGUAAUGCUCUGGUCAGUCUCGGAUCCCAUGAGUCACGCUUAAGUGCUUCUCUUCUCUCCCUCCAUCUGUCCUCAGAAGGCUGUGUAAUCAUGUCUAAGCCUCUCCAGCUACAGUGUUGGACAGCAGACUUCCAUCAAUAGUGAACAUCACCCCAGUACCACUUCCAUUUCUUCAUCCUCCCUACUGCAGCAUGGGAGGAUUUAUUCGCUCUGCUCCCACGCUGACAUGUCUGCCUCUGUUGGUCAUCAUUCUGUUCCCUAAGCCUAGGAAGCAUGGAGUAGGGAACAGUGUUAAAGGAUGAAGCUGAGAGGAAAUGAAGUUUGAAAACAGUGUAGCAGGGCUAUGGUUCUAUAACAAAAGCAGGAUGUCCCUCUAAAGGAGAUACUUGAGAUGUGUGUAGUGGCAUUUUAAUGUGUUUUUAUCAAAGCAGCCAUAUCCUUUUUUUUUUUUUUUUAAACUUAAUUGAAGUACACAAGCCUUGGUUUUCAAACCCUGAUGCAGAGAUUGCUGCCAUGUUUGUUGGUGGAAAUAUUAAAAACUGGAUCUGCCUUUUUCUUUCUUUUAUUUUCCUUAGACCCUUUGUGCUUUUGUACGUUGCUCACAGUUACCUUACAGCUGACAAGCUUUGCAUCUCCUUUUCUUUUUGUCACUGAAGUACAUAUUUUGUAACCAGCCUCUUGAAGGUAACAUAAGGCAGCUAACUAGUCGGAUUUCUGGUGCACAUGCUACCAGAUUUUUAAUCCUGUUUGGACUUCAGAGAGCUUUUAGAUGUGAUACACUAAUAUGACCAGAAAGGACACUUGGCUGAAUGGCAGAGGGAGCCCGAAGAUUCUGAGCACAGUGUGGAGCCUAAACCACAGAAUGGAACAUUAAUUUAACGGCCAAGUGCUUGUCUUGUGUGAUUCACAGCCAUGGGUUUUAUUGAGGCUGGUAAAUUACUUUACCUUGGCUUAAAAUUUGAAGUUCUCUAACGUUCUUUACUAUAAUGAAACUACUGUUGCCGUUACAAUAAAGAUGAUCAGUGUUUCCAUUGUAAA